AUAUAACACAUUUAUCUGAAAGUGAGAUACAUAGAUUAUAGGGAUAUUAAUGGCGGAAGAUAAAGGAACUCUUUGCGUCACAGGAGGGACAGGCUACGUUGCCUCCUGGCUCAUUAAGCUGCUUCUCCAUCAGGGUUACUCUGUUCAUACCACAGUUCGAGCUGAUCCGGGAAACAAGAGAGACCUUAGCUUCCUCACCAGCCUGCCAGGAGCCGACGAGAAGCUCAAAAUUUUCACAGCAGAUCUCGACCAUCCCGAUAGUUUCGACGCGGCAAUUAAAGGAUGCAAAGGAGUUCUCCAUGUUGCCGCUCCCGUGGAUUUCCCGGCCAAGGAUCCAGAGGCGGUCGUGACACAAAGAGCAAUCAGUGGAUCGCUAGGCAUCUUGAAAUCAUGCAUAAGGUCGAAAACAGUGAAGAGGAUCGUUUACACUUCUAGUAUCGCCGCCGUAUAUAAUAACAUUCACAACAAGGAUGUGGAUAUGAUGGACGAGAGUUACUGGUCCGACGUAGAUUACAUUAGAGAAACGCUCGAUCCAAGCGGAAGCUCUUAUGCCGUUUCCAAGACAUUGACGGAGAAAGCAAUGUCUGAAUUUGCAGCACAACAUGGAUUGGAUCUGGUGACCGUCGUUCCUCCUAUGGUUCUUGGUCCCUUCAUAUGUCCAAAGAUGCACGGUACAGUGCGCGCAACACUGGCUCCCAUCCUAGGGAACAAGGGGGACUAUCAUUUUCUUAUCAAUGCUGCAAUGGUGCACGUUGAUGAUUUGUCGAGGGCACUUAUCUUCUUGCUAGAGCAUCCGGAGGCAAAGGGGAGGUAUAAUUGUUCCUCCGACACUGUAACUAUUCAACAAGUAGUUGAAAUUCUUUCAACUUCUCAUCCAGAAUUCAGAAUUGCAGAAUCUGUAGGAGAAGCUAAAGGUCCUAAAUUGCCUGGUUUGUCGUCAAAGAAACUCAUGGAUUUGGGCUUCAAAUUUAAAUACGGGGUUAAGGAUAUGUAUGAGGGAGCCAUUCAGUCUUGCAAGGAAAAAGGGUUGUUGGAGUAAACAUAUAUGACUAAGUUUGACAAUAUGUAUCGUGGUGGUAAACGUUUGCAAACAAUG